AUGUAUGUCGACACAGCUCGUGCCAGUGCGUCAGAGCGCGCGCGGCGUCAGCACCUCGGACAGCGACCGUAUGUGCUGUGUGAGCGGAUAGUGGGUCCUAUAAAGAGCUCCCCCGGGUUCAUUCUCCAACCGGAUCUCACGCAAAAACACAACACUGACAUCAUGGACACCGUAAAAUCACCGCAUAGGAGACUCGAUCUGCAGCGUCAGAGCAAUCGCGCGGGAACGAACGCAGGUUUGGGGCUCACUGCAUCCACCUCCACCACCACCACCGGGGAAAUGAACGAAAAGGACUCUCUUCGAUGUUUGAACGGACGCCUUGCCGGGUUUAUAGACAAGGUGCAUCGGUUGGAACAGCACAACCGCCUGCUGGAGAAGGAGAUCGAGGAGAUAAAGGGGAGAGCGCAGUGCGUGGCGUCUUUGGAGGAGGAAUACGGCCCGGAACUGCGGCGGCUGAGGCACUUUGUCCGGGAAAUCACUCAGCAAAAGCAUCACAUUGAGCUGGAGCACUGCAAUCUGGAGGAGGAGCUGGCGGAGUUGAGAAAGCGCCACGAGAAAGAGGCGAAGGGCAGGUCAGACGCCGAGCGCGACAUCACAGCCAUAAAGAGAGACAUCGACGGUGCAUAUAGAGCCAAACUUCAGCUGGACCAGAAAGCCAAGGUGUUAGUGGAGGAACUGCAAGGUCUGAAAGCGAGUCAUGAGGUGGACGUGUCUGGGAUGCUUGAGCAGAUGCAGGAGGCUGAGGAUGGGUGCAGAGCGCGGGAGUUUGGGACCCCCGGAGUCACUGCAGCACUACGGGAUAUCAGGGAACAACUGGAGAGCCAUGUGGGCAGUGACGCGCGGCUGCUGGAGGAAAGCUUCACGUCCCAGUUUGCAAAGUUGACGCAGGCGGCUGAGAGUAAGAGGGAAUGUCUCAAGGCGAGUCAGCAUGAGAUCGGUGAUUACAGGAGGCAGCUGCAGGCCAGGGAUGUGGAGCUGGAGAGCGCGAAAGGCACGAGAGAAGCGCUGGAAAAGCAACUGAGGGCAGCGGAGGAGAGACACAAGCUCGAUCUGCUGCAGUACCAGGACACCGUGAAACAACUGGAAAACGAGCUCAUCAAUUGUAAAUUCGACAUGUCUGGUUACCUGAGGGAAUACCAAGACCUGUUAAAUGUGAAGAUGGCUCUGGAUGUGGAAAUACUGUCCUACAGAAAGCUUCUGUGUGGAGAGGAAGCCCGCCUCUCCUCGGUGACGGACAGCCCCUUCUCUCUGCCCUACAUCUACCACCAGUCUCCAGUCUACACCCUGCCCUCCGUGAACCGGCCGGGGGGCCCGCGCCGCAGACCUGAGCCGCAGUACAAGUUUGUGGAGGAGAUCAUCACGGAGACCACGCGGGAGAUCUUCUUGUCUGACUUUGAAGGGCCCUCGGAGACUGUGGCGUUGCCAGAUCCACCGUGUAGCAAAAGAGGGAGCCCAGAAGAAGACGGUAGUAAAGACAGUGGACAGGACGGUGAUAAGCAGGAGCGUGACGGUCAGCAGGAUGACAUAGAGGAGGGGUCUAUUGUGCAGAAUGGGAAUGAAGAAAAAGAACAGUUCUGCUGCAACAGCCAAGGCGUCUCCCAGACCCUCUGA